CUCAGUGUGACACACCCUGAUUUCUCUUUAUUCUGUUAGAACGAUUACAGGAAGUUAUCUAUGCAAUGCAAGGAUUUUGUGGUGGGCGUGCUGGACCUGUGCCGAGACACAGAAGAGGUGGAAGCGAUUUUAAACGGGGAUGUGAACUUGCAAGUCUGGUCCGACCACCACCGUCCAAGUCUGAGCCGGAUCAAACUCGCCAUUAAAUACGAAGUCAAGAAGCUAGGACGAACCCUGAGGAGCCCCUUCAUGAAGUUUGUAGCCCACGCCGUAUCGUUUACCAUCUUCCUGGGACUGCUGGUCGUGAACGCAUCUGACCGCUUUGAGGGGGUUAAGACCCUGCCCAAUGAGACCUUCACAGACUACCCCAAACAGAUCUUCAGAGUGAAAACCACACAGUUCUCCUGGACGGAGAUGCUCAUCAUGAAGUGGGUCUUAGGAAUGAUCUGGUCGGAAUGCAAGGAAAUCUGGGAGGAGGGGCCGCGGGAGUACGUGCUGCACCUGUGGAACCUGCUGGAUUUCGGCAUGCUGUCCAUCUUUGUGGCUUCCUUCACCGCCAGGUUCAUGGCCUUCCUCAAGGCCAGCGAGGCCCAGCUGUACGUGGACCAGUACGUGCAGGAUGUGACGCUGCACAACGUCUCACUUCCGCCGGAAGUGGCCUACUUCACCUACGCCAGGGACAAGUGGUGGCCUUCAGACCCGCAGAUCAUUUCCGAAGGGCUGUAUGCCAUUGCCGUCGUCCUCAGCUUCUCCCGGAUCGCCUACAUCCUGCCAGCCAACGAGAGCUUCGGGCCCUUGCAGAUCUCCCUGGGCAGAACUGUGAAAGAUAUCUUCAAGUUCAUGGUCAUUUUUAUCAUGGUAUUUGUGGCCUUCAUGAUCGGAAUGUUCAACCUGUACUCCUACUACCGAGGUGCCAAGUACAACCCAGCGUUUACAACAGUUGAAGAAAGCUUUAAGACCUUGUUUUGGUCCAUAUUUGGCUUGUCUGAGGUAAUCUCGGUGGUGCUGAAAUACGACCACAAAUUCAUCGAGAACAUUGGCUACGUGCUCUACGGCGUGUAUAAUGUCACCAUGGUAGUCGUGCUGCUCAACAUGCUGAUAGCCAUGAUCAAUAACUCCUAUCAGGAAAUCGAGGAAGAUGCGGACGUGGAGUGGAAGUUCGCUCGAGCGAAGCUCUGGCUUUCUUACUUCGACGAAGGAAGGACUCUACCUGCUCCUUUUAACCUAGUGCCAAGCCCUAAAUCCUUCUACUAUCUCAUAAUGAGAAUCAAGAUGUGCCUCAUAAAGCUCUGCAAAUCUAAGGCCAAAAGCUGUGAAAACGACCUGGAAAUGGGCAUGCUGAACUCCAAAUUCAGGAAGGCCCGCUACCAGGCUGGCAUGAGGAAUUCCGAAAACCUGACAUCAAACAACACUUUCAGCAAACCCACCAGAUACCAGAAAAUCAUGAAACGGCUCAUAAAGAGAUAUGUGCUGAAGGCCCAGGUGGACAGAGAAAACGACGAGGUCAACGAAGGUGAACUCAAGGAAAUCAAGCAAGACAUCUCCAGCCUUCGCUAUGAGCUUCUCGAAGAGAAGUCACAAGCUACGGGCGAGCUAGCGGACCUGAUCCAACAGCUGAGUGAGAAAUUUGGGAAGAACUUAAACAAAGACCACCUGCGGGUGAAUAAGGGCAAGGACAUUUAGUGCCUGACAGGCACCUGUGACUUCUACCAGCAUUCCAAAGCCGGGCUGAUGUCCCAGUCGCAGCCCUGUUGGGGAGGAGUUCCACUCCGCUCCCCUGGGAUACAAGGGGAUCCACUGGCUCUGUCCUGGGCAUGUGGCUGACGUCUUAGCCCAGGACCUGCCUGGACCCAGGACUGUGAAACUAGGCUGUUGGGAGAGAACAGCUACCCCAAGGAGAUAGGAAGUGCCAUCAGACAGACAGGAGACCUCCCAUCCAGCCUCAGUGGUCAAGGCAGGGAAAGGCCAUCUUGGAUGCACAUAUGUGCCCUCCCACCCCACUCAGGACUCCAGCUGUGUCCUGGGAAGUCAACCCUCCCCAUCCUGUGAGUCCCUUCUCAUUCCUCCUCGCCACAUAUACACACAACCAGAACCGGGAGGUGGCCUCUGACCUACUCUUAAGUGCCAGAAGAGAACCCAGAUAGCCUAAUAGCUCAAUAGUUCUAUUUGUUUAUUUAAAAAAAAAGUUUAAAAACACUAAAUCAAAAAUUGUACUGUAGAGAAAAGUUGUCAUUGUUUAGAAACGACAA